UGUCGGAGACUAGUGCUGCUGUCAUCCAUUCUACCAUGGACCUCUAACACUACUAAAAUUGACUAGUAACACGGACGUUACUACCAUGGCGGACUAGUAACACGGACGUUACUACCAUGGCGGACUAGUAACACGGACGUUACUACCACAAUGACGGAAGCGGAAGUCAUAGACGACAAGGGCAGGGCGGCUGCGCUGUCCCGGAACUAUGGCCUUGAUGUUGAUAUGGCCGAUAGUGCUCUGGCAGCCUCGAGUGUGGCCAGUCGCGACCACCAGAAAAAGUGUUUGCAUAUCUAUAGAGAGUUCAUCAAAAACAUGAACUGUCAUUUAAAAGACGAAAAGGAAGUCAGAGAGGAUUUAAACAGGUUACGAAAAGAAAAAAUCACCAACAUGAAAUAUUCGUUAUACAGAUCUGCAGGCGAGGAUGUCUUCUCGUCCGCAAAACAAAAACGUCAGAAAAUGAUGGAGAACAUGGCAAUCGUUUCUCCAUUGAUAUUCGAUGAUACCCGGAUGAACACCCCUUGGGGACUGGACAACAUUAUUGACGAGGAUUUGCUGCGUCCUCAAACGGCACCAGCACACAAGGUAACGGGGUCAGAAGAGAGAAAUGGCCCAGUGGAGGACACAGAAGGGAGACCACAGACAGUUUCAAACACUAAUUAUAGACCGCUAGAUUUUCUUGACGACAUCACAAUGGAGCUGGAAAUUAAUCAGCGUCAUAUUGGUGGUAGCGAGGCUCCCUUGUCGCCCACAACACAUGGUCCUAUCGAGUUUGCACCCCAACCUUCACCCAUCAAAACUGAACGUGUCCGGUUUGCUACCCCGAACCUCUCGGGAGACAAGUCCGAGGAUAAAGCAGGGUCGGACGAAGAAACAGACGGUUUUGUUGACCCAAAGACAGAAAGAACCAGAGCUCGCAAAAUAACCAUCAACGCAGUGUCAUUUGCUAAACUAUCUAUCGGUGAGAUAAUGGCCAAACUCAAACACAAAGACGGAAAAUUUAAAAUAAAACCUAUCAAUAUUAACUAUACUCCGAACGAGGUGGAUGCUGUUUUCAUUGCAAAAGAUCCUACUAAGGAGAAAAUGGCUCUUGUUCGGCAGAGCACAACCUGCAACUCAUCCACUAUAGCAACAGAUUUGAAAGUAAAUAAUCGAAUCGCUAUAAUGAAAUCUUUAAUGGGUGUCAAAGUAAAGAAAAAAACAGUGUCUGAAAUUUUUGACAAUGGUAGAGACAGAAAAACUAGACAUUUUAGGAUAGUCCUAAAAAAUCCGAAGUGUCGAGGCAUCAUUCCCGAACCGGCAGCGAAUGAAGUGAGCAAAGAGGAGGACGAAAACAGUGUUCCUAUUCAUGUUUCUAUAACCCCUAUCAUUCCAAAGAAACCGAAUUUGAAACACACACCAGGGUCAAAUGAUUUUUUAGCUAACCAGCGUUCGACACCAUCAUAUAUACGAGAUCCCAACACACGGGCAGGACGAGUGCCAACAAUACAUGCCUCAAGCGACACAGACGCCGCAUUCAUUCGGACUAGCAGCUUCGGCAGUCGCCUAGGUUACGACCACGCGCGUAAUGAUUCACGCAUGUCUGUCGCGUCGUCCGUCAGUCAAGACCCAUUGCAGCGUUCACUCAACAGCAGAAAUAUGCAGUACAAUGGACGGACUCAUCAUGGUGCGGACGUAGUCGACCGUUCCGUGUCGGUUAUGUCGGGACGCGAGAGCGUCAUCUUCGAGGGCACAGACGCGGACAUGACGGAGAUGAUUCGGAUGUUGGUGGAAGGUGAAGGUCGAGGAGGAACAGGGAAACAAUCGGGAAAUAACCGUCCCGCCAGCAGAGCAAGUGUGGCCACGUCCGUAGCCGGCAGCCACUUCGGAAGAAGAAUGAAAACACCAUCGCGUAGAAUGACAACUCCAUCCUCCAUGCUUAGUGAUUCAGAGAUGUCGUAUGGUGGAGUAAACAGACCCCAGUCGGUGAACAAGAGGACGACCAAACAGAUGGUGAAAGACCUCAUUCAACAGGACAGGGAGUACCACGAGAACAUGGACAAUAUGCGACGACGCAUGGCAAGUACUGGCAGGAGGUCUAGUGUAACUAUUCGUAAACUUUAGACUGAUUUAAGUCAAAUGUCGUUUGUCAGAUGUUUUGCAAGUGAAUCAUAAUGAUGGAUUGAAAGGCAUUUUUUUUUUAUUUCAUACCUGCAUAACAUUGAAAACUACUGCCAAUUCCUUAUAUUUUAGCCGGUCCGUGUCUGUUGUGUCGGGGCGUGAGAGCAAAAUCUUCCAGGGCGACGCAAACAUGACGGAGAUUCCUUAUUUUUUACCUUAAUAUAGAUAUUUUCAUAUCAUCAGUGCAACAAGAUUCCUGGAACAAUACAAACGUCACCAAAAUGUUCGAUUAAACGGUUGUCUCCCCUUAAUCGAGGCGGGAGGAGAAUCUUCAGAAUGAUGCUGAUACAAUUACGUUCAAAGCUCGAUUGACGCAUUUACUUCCGGUACUGCUUAAAAAGGAACUUGCAGUUAAAAUGUAAAUAUAUUAGAUAUUAAAGUGUGACCGGUUCAAUAAAAGUAGCAUUCUGAAAUUUGCAUACGGAUUAGUUAACUUCGCGCACAUUUACUACUGAUUACGUCACACAACAGUGUCUCGUCUUGCGGAAAAUUUGCAAGGAUACGACCACGAUUAUUGUUGUCGACGUCACGGAUACUUAUCACGUUCUAUGGUAAUGUUAAGAGAUGAUAACUCCAGUUUGUGGAGGAAUGUCAGUGUAGUCUGUUAAUAUCACGGGAUAGUGGCGUCAUACUUUAUGUAUAUAAUACUGUUCAGAUCAUAUCAUCACAUAAUGUACUGUGUUAUCAAGCGAA